AUGGUAUACACGUUGUCGGUGAAGAGUGCGAUGGGGCUGUCGGAUGCUCGAUUGGCGGCUGCGAAGUCCUGCCUCGUUCUAUCUACUGCGACUAUCGCUCCUGCAGUUCUCUUUCGCUUGAGGGAGGACCAUUGCCAGGCUCUUUACUUCUCAGCCGCAUAG